UUCAACUUAUAUUUCCUUUAUGAAGCUGUAUAUAUUUGGAGCUUUCCUUCCUACUUCCCUUCACUUGUUAACCUUAAGCCUCUCCUCCUCCUCAAAAAGGUUUUUGUGGGUGUUUCUGUUUGUUCGUUGCCACUUUGCUUGCUUCUAACUACUCCAUUAUUAAUGAAGAACCAUUAAAAAUCCAGCUUUUAUUUUGGGGGUUUGUUAGUUCUAUGUUCAUGUCUAUUUCUUUCAACCCCAGCUGAUUUAUUUGAAACCAGUAAAUCUAGGAAAGUCAUGUAAAUUAUUCGCAUUUUAGUCUGCUCCUGUGAUUUUGGAGUAGUGGAUCCAAAUAUUGUAUGCUGAAAGUGAUAAACUUUGCAAAGAAAAAGGCUAGAUCUUGAAGCAAUGGAGGAGACAUUUAUACCAUUCCAAGGUAUUAAAAAUGAUCUCAAAGGAAGAUUGCUGUGUUACAAACAGGACUGGACCAGUGGAAUCAAAGCAGGAUACAGGAUAUUAGCUCCCACCACAUAUAUUUUCUUUGCUUCUGCAAUCCCUGUCAUUUCCUUUGGUGAACAGCUUGACAGAGAAACAGACGGAGUCCUAACAGCAGUGCAAACAUUAGCAUCAACUGCAAUUUGUGGCAUUUUACACUCUAUCAUUGGUGGUCAACCACUUCUGAUCCUAGGAGUUGCAGAACCGACUGUAAUAAUGUACACAUUCAUGUUUAAGUUUGCAAAAGACCGCCCUGAAUUAGGUCGGAAUCUCUUCUUAGCUUGGGCUGGAUGGGUUUGUGUGUGGACAUCGCUUCUGUUGUUCUUUAUGGCAAUCUUAGGAGCUUGCUCCAUUAUCAACCGGUUCACCCGUUUGGCCGGAGAAUUGUUUGGCCUUCUAAUAGCCAUGCUCUUCAUGCAGCAAGCUAUUAAGGGACUAGUGGAUGAAUUCUAUAUACCUAAGCGGGAAAAUCCAAAGCUGACAGAAUUCCUGCCUUCAUGGAGAUUUGCAAAUGGAAUGUUUGCUUUGGUCCUUUCAUUUGGACUUAUACUGACUGCAUUAAGGAGCAGAAAGGCUAGAUCAUGGCGCUAUGGAUCAGGUUGGCUCCGAAGUUUGAUAGCAGACUAUGGAGUUCCACUUAUGGUUCUAAUAUGGACAGCUACUUCUUACAUUCCAUCCAAAAAUGUUCCACAUGGGAUACCAAGACGCCUCUUCAGCCCUAACCCUUGGUCCCCUGGCGCGUAUGAUAAUUGGACUGUUGUCAAGGAUAUGCUCAAUGUUCCUAUCUUAUACAUAUUUGGAGCUUUUGUACCAGCAACUAUGAUUGCAGUGCUCUACUAUUUUGAUCACAGUGUAGCUUCUCAACUUGCUCAGCAGAAAGAAUUUAAUUUGAGGAGACCUCCAUCAUUCCACUAUGAUUUGCUUCUUUUGGGGUUCAUGACAUUAUUUUGUGGUCUUCUUGGUAUUCCUCCAGCAAAUGGUGUGAUCCCUCAAUCUCCUAUGCAUACAAAAAGUCUGGCUACCCUUAAACACCAGCUUCUUCGUAACAGACUAGUCGCAACAGCAAAGGAAAGCAUAGGGAUGAAUUCAAGUUUAGGGCAGUUGUAUGGAAAUAUGCAAGAAGCUUACCAACAGAUGCAAACCCCUCUUAUUUACCAGGAACCUUCAGCUCGAGGACUGAAGGAAUUGAAAGAUUCAACUAUUCAAGCAGCAGCAAGCAUGGGAAACAUCAAUGCACCUGUAGAUGAGAGUGUGUUCGAUGUUGAUAAAGAGAUUGAUGAUUUGUUGCCUGUUGAGGUUAAAGAACAGCGCGUCAGUAACCUGCUUCAAUCUGUUAUGGUUGGUGGUUGUGUUGCAGCUAUGCCUAUCCUUAAAAUGAUACCAACUUCAGUUCUUUGGGGCUACUUUGCUUUCAUGGCAAUUGAAAGCUUACCAGGAAACCAGUUCUGGGAAAGGAUUCUUCUGCUCUUUACAGCACCAAGUAGAAGAUACAAAGUUCUUGAAGAUUAUCAUGCAACCUUUGUGGAAACAGUUCCUUUCAAAACCAUUGCCCUUUUCACCAUUUUCCAAACACUGUAUCUGCUUGUCUGCUUUGGAAUUACAUGGAUCCCAAUUGCAGGGGUUCUAUUCCCUCUUAUGAUCAUGCUUUUAGUUCCUGUGAGACAAUACAUUCUUCCUAAGUUUUUCAAAGGAGCACACCUUCAAGAUCUUGAUGCCGCGGAGUUUGAGGAAUCACCAGCUUUGCAAUUUGAUCUUACAACGGAAAUGGAGCUGGCAUCAGGAGCUACACUUGUAGGGGAUGGUGAGAUGUUGGAUGAAAUGGUGACUAGAAGCCGAGGUGAGGUUAAGCAUGUAUCAAGUCCAAAGAUAACAAGCUCAACAACAGCAACACCGACAAGAGAGGUAAGAGGGAUACAUAGCCCUCAUAUGUCAGCAUACAGUCCUAGACUGAAUCAACUAAGGAAUGCAUCUUGCAGUCCCAGAACUGCAGAAAUCCGACCCUCUAAACUAGGAAAGAGUCCUGGACCUCCCACUACAGACUCUGCUUCUUCAAAGUAACAGCUUAAUUAAAGUUGUUUCUUUUUUAUUUAUUUUUAACUCGAUCCACCUCUUUUUGUCUAAGUUUUAGGAGGUAUGUUUGUUGUUGUAAUAGUGUUAUUGAAUGUGCUAGUAUUAAUCAAAAUGUACUUAAUAAUCUUAUUUCAUAAAGCUGUAGCGUUUCUCCACAAGAUUAACUCCAGCAAAUACUGGUAAUGUGAAAUAGUUCUUGACUUGUAUAAUAGUAUGAAUUUGUUCUGUUGAACAAAGCUUUAUAUAUAUAUGUAUACUGAACUCUAAACCCUA